UAAAACGCCGUCGGUCCUCACAGCAGACAACACAACCCAUCGUGAUCUCAGCGAGUCCACAUCGUAGCAACCAAGGAUAUAUCGAAUAUAUCACUACCCGCUAUACCACAAAUCCAUCCAAAUCCAUUUUGUCCAUCAAAACAAAAAUCCAAAACGUCUCAAGGACACUCCUGCUUAGUGCCAAGUGCCAAGUGAAGUUCAAUUUGUGCAAACGUUUCUACAAAAAUCGCCAAAAUUACGCCCCACAUCGGUAUGCAGUCGUCGGAGGGUUCACCAGACAUGAUGGAUCAGAAAUACAACAGCGUGCGCCUUUCGCCAGCGGCAUCGAGUCGCAUUCUAUACCAUGUGCCCUGCAAAGUCUGCAGAGAUCACAGCUCUGGCAAACACUACGGCAUCUACGCCUGUGAUGGCUGCGCCGGAUUCUUCAAGAGAAGCAUCCGGAGAUCCCGGCAAUAUGUGUGCAAGUCCCAGAAGCAGGGACUCUGUGUGGUGGACAAGACGCACAGGAACCAGUGCAGGGCUUGCCGGCUGAGGAAGUGCUUCGAGGUUGGAAUGAACAAGGAUGCAGUGCAGCACGAACGGGGGCCCAGGAACUCCACUCUGCGCCGACACAUGGCCAUGUACAAGGAUGCCAUGAUGGGUGCCGGCGAGAUGCCCCAAAUACCCGCCGAAAUCCUAAUGAACACGGCCGCCCUCACCGGCUUUCCUGGAGUACCCAUGCCCAUGCCUGGCCUGCCCCAGAGGGCUGGUCAUCAUCCUGGUCACAUGGCUGGCUUCCAGCCGCCACCAUCGGCUGCCGCUGUCUUGGAUUUGUCCGUGCCACGAGUGCCCCACCAUCCGGUGCAUCAGGGUCACCACGGCUUCUUCUCGCCCACCGCCGCCUACAUGAAUGCCCUGGCCACUCGGGCACUGCCCCCCACUCCUCCUCUGAUGGCAGCCGAGCACAUCAAGGAAACCGCGGCGGAACACCUCUUCAAGAACGUCAAUUGGAUCAAGAGCGUGAGGGCCUUCACCGAACUACCCAUGCCGGACCAGCUGCUCCUGCUGGAGGAGUCCUGGAAGGAGUUCUUCAUCCUGGCUAUGGCCCAGUACCUCAUGCCCAUGAAUUUCGCCCAGCUGCUGUUCGUUUACGAGUCCGAGAAUGCCAACCGGGAGAUCAUGGGCAUGGUGACCCGCGAAGUGCACGCCUUCCAGGAAGUGCUGAACCAACUGUGUCAUCUGAACAUUGACAGCACCGAGUACGAGUGCCUGAGGGCCAUUUCCCUCUUCCGGAAGUCACCGCCGUCGGCCAGUUCUACAGAGGAUUUGGCGAACAGCUCGAUCCUGACCGGAAGCGGCAGCCCGAACUCUUCGGCCUCUGCGGAAUCCAAGGGUCUCCUGGAGUCGGGAAAAGUGGCGGCCAUGCACAACGAUGCCCGGAGUGCGCUGCACAACUACAUCCAGAGGACCCAUCCCGCGCAGCCCAUGCGAUUCCAGACCCUCUUGGGCGUGGUGCAGAUGAUGCACAAGGUCUCCAGCUUCACCAUCGAGGAGCUGUUCUUCCGGAAGACCAUUGGUGACAUCACCAUUGUCCGACUCAUCUCCGACAUGUACAGUCAGCGCAAGAUCUAAACAGUACAAGUAUAUAGAGGAGAACCUAGACUAAUCGCCGCACUCGAAGUGCCUUCCAAGUGCUGGGAACUGUGAUAAUCUCGGAAGAAGCGCUUUGGACAAUACUCGAUCAGUGAAAUCAACGAUUUCACAUAUCCAGGAGUCGAGCCUUAAAAUACAACACAUACAACACUCACCUUAAUACCUUAGCUUACCAGAACUUGAAGUAAUCUUAGCUAAAGUCUCUCAGACCAUCCACACGUGUUUCAAAUUGCAUUCGCAAAAGUUUAAACUUUGCCUGUUAAAUACGCCAAUCGUAGCUUAGUUAUAAACACUUUAGUUUUAAGCGCAUACAAUUAGCUUUAGCUUUGGAAAAAACUUAUUCAAAAUAAACCUAAAGGUUUUCGAAAUG